AUGUCUCUGGCAGAUCUCAAGGUCAAUGGGCUCUAUAUUAUUCUCUUUAUAAGGAAUAGUCCUCCAAUUCCAAACGAUUUCCACUGGGGCCUCUACUUUCACCGUCACCCUGACAGCGGUGGCACAAAAUACCAUGUCAAGCAGCAAGGCAGUGGUUGGAUCCCCGAUCAUGGGCAUACUGCGGGAGUUUUCAAAGAAUUUCUCCUCGUGGGUCUUUUCAAGAUCGCCGAUGUCCCUGCAGGAUGGGAGGGACAUUUAGACCGGACCCUAAGGACAUACGACAGUCAGUUAAACACUCUCGACAUCACCUGUCGUGUUUGGUUGCUACGCGUUCUGGCUCUCCUCCAGAAGCCCAACGACGGAAAGGUAACCCUGAAAUGUGACAACUUAGUAGCGCUGGAGAAUGAAGUUAAGAACUGGGGCAAUGCAAAUGCGGUGGGUGCUCACAACAAUGAUCAGCCAAGGCCUGUAGCAGCCUCUUCAUUGUGCGGAUUGUGA